CUCGAGUCAUUUCUUUUUCUUUUACUAACUCUCCCUCCAAACUGCAAACACUUUUUUUCUUUUCAUUUCUUUUCUGUUUUUCAGUGAUUUUCUCAGAGAAAAUCUUCCGAAAAAAAAAUUGGCGUAAAAAAUGUCGAAUUUCUUGACAAGCACGAAUCAUAACCCUAACAAGUCCAUUGAGGUGAAUCAACCUCCAACUGAUUCAGUCUCAAGUCUCAGUUUCAGUCCCAAAGCUAAUUUCCUCGUUGCCACUUCCUGGGACAACCAGGUUCGGUGUUGGGAGGUAGCAAGGAAUGGGGUGAAUGUUGGUACUGUCCCCAAGGCAUCUAUAUCUCAUGACCACCCGGUUUUGUGCUCUACUUGGAAAGAUGAUGGCACAACUGUCUUCUCUGGUGGCUGUGACAAGCAAGUAAAGAUGUGGCCUUUGUUAUCUGGUGGUCAACCAAUGACUGUUGCAAUGCAUGAUGCACCAAUCAAAGAGAUCGCCUGGAUUCCGGAGAUGAGCCUUUUAGUAACAGGAAGCUGGGACAAAACUCUGAGGUACUGGGAUACAAGGCAACCAAAUCCAGUGCACACCCAGCAACUCCCGGAGCGCUGCUAUGCAAUGACAGUGAGGCAUCCUCUGAUGGUUGUUGGCACAGCUGAUAGAAAUCUGAUUGUAUACAACUUGCAAAAUCCUCAGGUUGAAUUCAAGAGAAUCGUUUCACCCUUAAAGUAUCAAACAAGGUGCCUUGCAGCAUUCCCUGAUCAACAAGGUUUCUUGGUUGGAUCAAUUGAAGGAAGAGUUGGGGUGCAUCAUUUGGAUGAUGGUCAGCAGGGAAAAAACUUCACUUUCAAAUGCCACAGAGAAGGAAAUGAAAUAUACUCUGUCAACUCCUUAAAUUUCCAUCCGAUACACCACACAUUUGCAACUGCUGGAUCAGAUGGUGCUUUCAAUUUUUGGGACAAGGAUAGUAAACAGAGGUUGAAGGCCAUGUUAAGAUGCAACCAACCUAUUCCUUGCAGUACCUUCAAUAAUGAUGGUUCAAUAUUUGCCUACUCGGUCUGCUAUGACUGGAGUAAAGGGGCAGAAAAUUGUAAUCCUGCUACAGCAAAGACGUACAUCUUCCUCCACUUGCCACAGGAGUCUGAGGUUAAGGGCAAACCACGCAUUGGUACUACAGGAAGAAAAUAAUGAAAUGGAGAUGAUCCUCUUCUGGGAUUCUGUUCUAUGUACAGUAUAUUAGCUGGCUCUGUAUGUAAAUAGAAAUUUGCGAACGCUUGAACGACUUUUGUUGCCUUAUGACAAUUUUUUUUCUUUAAAAAUAGUCGAGCAAUUUUGGGUUAUGACAAGGUGAGAUGUAAGUACAAUUGUGGAUUAGAUAGUGUAAUGCUCCUUGUCCCUUACCUGUUCACUCUUGGUUAUUGUGGUCAGUGAUUCUUGUUCUUUUUCGUUUUUAA